GAUGCCGCAGUAGCCGUUAGAGACUUCUUGCUCGCUGUGGAUGUUCACUGGCAGCCCCGAAACCAGGGCCGCCAGGGCGUCGCGAGUGGGCGGGUACUUGGGCUGCCGAGGGCAGGCCUUAACGAGCGCAUCCCUGGGAGGCCACGCCACACUCUGCCACUGUCCGGAUGGGAGCCGGUGUACGACGAUCGCGACGCACGCUGGUUUGAUAUUAAGGAAACGGCGCUACACGGCAGCUACAGCUGGGCCCUACAAGACUACCGGUCCGAACGCGAGGAAGUUCCGGUCCCGGGCGAUGUGUGGCGUGGGGAAAUCCCGAGCGACGUGGAGCUGGCGCCGGUGCUGACGUGCCGUGACCUCGUCAAGCAGGUACGGCAUGACGGCAUGGCAGAG